AUGAAGGGCAUGGAGGUCAUCAAGGGCCUCGGCGACGCGCUAUCCGCCUAUACGUCCGACGUCGACGGUCAAGAUCUAUCCGGAUGCUAUAUCUAUCCGAACUACGCGCUUGCGGACGUGCGGAUGGUGGACAUGUACGGGGAGAAUCUAGAGGAGAAGAGGGAGGUGCGCGAGCGUGUCGAUCCAAACCGACUGAUGGCUCUGGCUGGCGGCUUCAAGGUUUGGAUGAACGACGCAAUACCGCCAUAGUCACGUUGCGAUUCGAGCAGCGUGUAGCAUUGC